CAACGAAGAAGAAGGGGGCGUCAGAAGCUGACGGACGCGCACCACGUACGGGGUGGAACCGCGAAGCAGGCAGCAAUUCCUAGCAUAGCGGAGCUUUGGCUAGCUAUGUGAGCGCAUCAGAAUAACACUGAGCCUUAUAGAUUCGCUGGUUAUCUGUUUUGUUAGCUACAUAACUACAGAUGGUUAUGAUACCGUGGAUGAGAUAAGUUCGUCAACCAGUUUUCAGUACAAAGAACCGUCAUGGAUGCAGUGAACGCGUUCAACAUGGAGUUGUUCUCCAUGAUUGACAUGAAGCCUCCAAUAUCCCGUGCUAAGAUGAUGUCUGUUACAAAAUCAGCCAUCAAAGCUAUCAAGCUUUACAAACAUGUUGUCCAGAUUGUUGAAAAGUUCAUCAAGAAGUGCAAGCCAGAAUUAAAAGUCCCCGGUUUGUAUGUGGUUGACUCGAUUGUUCGACAGUCACGGCAUCAGUUUGGUGUUGACAAGGAUGUAUUUGGGCCCAGGUUCUUGAAGAACUUCACAGAUACCUUUCAAAACCUUUACCGUUGCCCAGAGGAUGAUAAGAGCAAAAUUAUCCGGGUGUUGAACCUGUGGCAAAAGAAUGGUGUGUUUGACAUGGACAUCAUUCAGCCUCUGAUGGAUAUGGCAAAUGGAGCCAUUGUUCCUGCCUUUGGACUGGAAGUUCCCCCUGACCCCCAACCAGAGCCACAGACUCCUGUCAGUAGUGCCCCAGUAAUGCCCUCUGUGCCCCAGCUACCCACUCCUGAUGCCUUAGCUGCUGUGGCACAGCUGUUUCAGUCCCCACAUGGUCAGGAGCUGCAGAGGAUGCUCCAGAACUUCCAGCAGGCAGAUAAGACUCUGACAGCCACCAUCACAAACAAUGUACCAAACCCACCUGAGAUGCCUGUGGCACAGCCCAACCCAUACAGUGCACACACAGAAAAGAAAAGCUCCUUAGCUGAGAAACUCCUUGACAGAUUCGAUUAUGAUGAUGAACCUGAUGAUAUAAUGGCUAAAGAAGGCAGUGCCCAGUCACAGGGCAUUCCUGAAAAUGUGUUUAACCCGUUUCCUGGUCAGAUGCCCAAUGCGGAGAAUGUUCAUACACAUAUGAUGGGACAGACCGGUGGUGUAGAGCAUGGUGGAGGAAUGAGUCACAUUGAACAUCAUAGGUUGCCAGAUGGAUACCCUUCCAUAAAUGAGGCUUAUUCACAAUCACGGGGAGACUCGAGAGAAGACUCAACUAUGAGGCGAGAGGGCAGACACAGAGGAUAUGGCAGGAGGUCAAGAUCCAGAUCUGGUUCAAGAUCUCCCAGGAGAAGAAGAUCAAGAUCUUCAUCCCGCUCAAAAAGGUCUAGGCAUCGGCGAUCUCGGUCCAGAGAAUGGCGGUGGAGAUCGCGCUCACAUUCACAGGACAGGAGUGAAAGGGAAAAGGACAGAGAACGCAGACAGAAAGGUCUUCCCAGUUUAAAGAGCCAGACUCUCAGUGUUUGCAGUACGACACUUUGGGUUGGACAACUAGACAAGAAAACUCAGCAAUCUGACGUGAUGUCCCUUUUGGAAGAGUUCGGCCAAAUAGAUUCUAUUAAUAUGAUUCCUCCAAGGGGUUGUGCAUAUAUUGUUAUGGUUCACCGACAAGAUGCCAAUACAGCCUUGAACAAACUUAGUAGGGGGUCAUACAAAGUCAAUCAGAAACCUGUUAAGAUUGCUUGGGCUUUGAACAAGGGCAUAAAGUCCACGCACAAAAAGUUCUGGGAUGUGGAGCGGGGAGUUACCUACAUUCCAUGGAGCAAAGUCAAAGUUGAGGAGUUGGAGGGUUAUCGGGAAGGUGGUAUGCUGGAUGCAGAGACACUAAAUCCAGAGUGGAAUCAUGCCAUGGACCUCAAUAAGCUGCCAGCUGUAAAUGGAGCUCAUGAAAAUGUACCAGCAGAUGGAGCCAUCGCUGCUCACAUUCAGGUGCCAUCAGUUGAACAGGCAGUACCCAUCGGAAGUCCACUUGCUUUUCCCGGCCCCAUCAUGCUGUCCCCUACAUCCAUGCCUCCAGGAGGAGCUCCUUUCAUCCCCCCGGAGUUUGACCAUACAAAGCUGGCACCAGGAAGCUUACAACCUCUAGAAGACACUAAAGAUUCUGCAGCAGACAAUGGCACACCCUCUGAUGCAUGUACUGACAACCAGCUGGGGUCUCCUACAGCACCAGGGAUGCUGCCAGGCCCAGGAGUCAUGCAGGGCCCCAGACCGGGCAUGCCUCCUCUGCAGCAUCCUCCUGGUAUGCCAAAUCCUCAUCUACCUCCAUUCCUCCCACCUCCAAACAUGCCACACAUGCCCCCACAGAUGAUGCCUGGAGGACCCAUGUUUCCACCAGAUAGGUUCAGAAUGCCACUGCCUUUUCCUCCUCGUGGCCCUCCUUUCCAUCGACCUCCUAUGAGACCAGAGGGCAUGGAUGACAGAGAUGGGAGGCAUUUCCGAAACGGGAGGCCAGGAUUUGUGUGCCCACCCUUCCCCAGAGGCAGGUGGUAGAUGUUGGCUGAUUGUGGAACCUGAGGGGAGAUGAAGCAGAACCUCUGUGACACACUAAUAAAUAUCAGGACAUCUGGUUCACGAAGGACUUCUAUGAAUAAUUCGGGAUGCAGAAACAUGUGCUAAGACUUUAUUUUAUACCACCAGGACUAUUUCCUAGUGACAAAUGAGCAGGACACUUUAUUCAGAAUGUGAUCAGUGCUCCUUCAAGUUCACCAGGGAAGAAGCUCCUGGCUGUAAAUACUUUACAUGCUUGUAGCUGUUGGCUAUCUUUUUGUAUAUUUGAAGUUGUGUAGUUUAUGCUGAUGUCUGUAAUCCUAGUAGUUGAAGGUAAAAACAAAGGCAAAGUCUGUAUUUUUGAGCUUAGUUUUUUGUGGAUGGAAGAAGACUGUAAAAAUGUACGAUUCAUACCUUUUGGGCAUCUUGUUUUUAGUAUAAUGCCUUUGUACCACACAGAUGUUUAAUUCUUCACCAGUGAGGUUGGAUUUGAUUUGAAGAAGAAGUGGAUUUCAUGUCCUGCCAGUAGAGGGUAGUCUCUGUUACCAUGGCCAACCUCUGUUGUACAUUAAGGUCAUACCUUGUAGGAUCAUGUGCAGUGAAUAUUAAAAAGAGGUACUACCAUUUGA